AUUGCAGUUGCUGCGUAUUUAAGUGUGCUGCUUAAGCAAACUUUCUCACCGCCUCCCCCACUUGUUUCUUCCUCUUCUUCUUCUUGGCGGAGGUGGAGGGAGGCAUGCUUGUCACCUACUACUCCUUUUAAGUUCCCCCACUGCCUCCGCCUCUCACGCUUCUUCUACCUCCAUCUUUCCCAUAAAUCUAUUCCGGUGGAUCAACCGAAAGCCAGCGUCGAGCAAGAAAAGCAAGUGAGGAGGACACAAGCAAGCAAAGCGAUCGAUCGGCUGCUCGCGGCUGCAAGCAUUGCAGCGUCUGAUCUCUGCUGCUCCAUCGCCUUUGCUUUGGUUGGCGAUGGACAGGCACACCUGCAAGCUCUGCUUCCGGCGGUUCCAGAACGGCCGCGCGCUCGGCGGCCACAUGCGCUCCCAUGUCAUGGCGGCGGCAGCCGCCGCUGCCACCGCCGCUGCGUACUCGCCACCGCAGCAGCAGCGGCAGCAGUCCCCGCCGGUCUCCUUCGCCUCCACCUCGUCGACGGACAUUGAUGGUAAGCUAACACAGCCGAGCAGGCUGUCCUGCUUCCUGCGGGAGGAUCCCAAGGUAGGCGCACCUGAGUUCUCUGGUUCCGUGGUCGCCGCGGCGGCCGGCGAGUCGUCGGUCGUGCAGGACGGCGAGAGCGACACCGAGUCCCCGCGCGUCGGCGCGGGGUUCGGCGUCUGCCGCCGUCGCUCGAAGCGUGCGCGCCGGCGCGCGGCGCCGGAUCCCGAGCCGGCGAGCAGCGUGUCGGACGCGACGCGGGAGGAGGACGUGGCCAUGUCGCUGGUGAUGCUGUCUCGGGACUCGUGGACGCGGUCCAGAUCCGAGCCGGAAGAGCCCCACUGGGCCAGGGCGAGCUGGGAGGCCGAGCAAGACGACAGCAGGGUCAACUUGCUGGACGAGGAGGAGUACGACGUGGCUGGCAAGGCGCGCUACGGCAAGGCGACGGCCGCGCGCCCGCGCAGCGGCAGGCACCAGUGCGGCGCGUGCAGGAAGGUGUUCCGGUCGUACCAGGCCCUGGGCGGCCACCGCGCCAGCGUCAAGAAGGGCAAGGGCGGCUGCGUGCCACCGGCGGCGGGCCAGGCUUACGACGCCCACGCCCCGGUCGUCCACGAGUGCCCGUUCUGCUUCCGCGUGUUCGGGUCCGGCCAGGCCCUGGGCGGCCACAAGCGUGCGCACACGCCGUUCGGCGGCGCGGGCGCGCCCUCUCCGGCGAAAUGCGGCGACAGCUUCGGGCCCUUCGACCUCAACGUGCCGGUCGCCUUCGACGACGACUUCGAGCUCUCCGCCGUGUACGACGCCGAGUUCGGCAGCACCAGGCAGUGAGAUCAUCAGCUGAUCUGGCCGUGCCGUCUUCUAGAUCGAUCACAAGAUGUGCUUGAGCUCAUGAAUUGGCAGCCCAGCUUGUGCAUGCAAUGCAAGGAUGGAUCCGAGGUAAGGGCUCUGCGUCCGUGCAAGAUUCUGGUGAAGAACAGUUCAGCAAUAAAAAAUAUCUCUUCGUUUUUCUUGCUUAAACUUCCGGUUACAAUACAUUGUUGUGAUUGGUACGUAGUAGUAGAACCGAAUUAGCCGAACAGACGAAUGGUACAUUUUUGCUCUCUUAU